AGCACAAGCGAUUCUGGGAUUCAGAAACAGCACUGCUGCUGGCUCCUGGUGACACACAAACCUUGUGUGAAAGAUGAUGUGAUGGCAGCUCUGAAGGGCGCAACCAGCAAUGCUGUCCUGAAGUUUGAACCAUUUAUCCUCCAUGUACAAUGCCAGACACUGCAGGACGCACAGACCCUGCACUCAGCGGCCGUUGCUUCUGGCUUCAGGAACUCUGGCAUCACCGUGGGGAAGCGAGGAAAGACCAUGCUGGCUGUCCGGAGUACACAUGGAUUAGAAGUCCCAUUAAGCCAUCAGGGAAAACUGAUGGUGACGGAGGAAUAUAUUGAGUUCCUGUUAACUAUAGCAAACCAGAAAAUGGAGGAAAACAAGAAAAGAAUUGAAAGGUUCUAUAACUGCCUACAACAAGCAAUGGAAAGAAAAGCCAUUUCCAGCUCACAUUCUGAGACCAAAGAGAAAAAUAGCCUACUUUGUACUCAUAAGAAUAAAAGGAACCAAGGAAAAGCACAUGACCCAUCCAUUACUGAAGACCAUGAAAAGGAGCUGGAAGGUGCUGAUGGCCUGGGAAUCAGUGCUGCACUCUUCUCAGAGGAAGACUAAGGUUUGGCCCUGAUCGUGUCCGACACACAUUAUAAAGCUGCUCUUUACAAGAGUACUGUGGUCUGUGAGUGUAUCCGCGCUGCAGGGGCCAGACUUAGUUUCUCUGGUCUAGAGAAAGUGUAAAUGGCUUUUCAAAGUAGCUUUGUAUAUAUUUGCUCUCUGAGUACUGUUUUUUAAAGCAUAUUAGGAGUCACUCCACAAAUAAACUUACAACUUUUAAUGCCUGU